AUGGAGAAGCGCGGCGACCAGUUGAUGGAGGAGGGCGAGAAGUCGCUAUCAAAGUUCUCCCUCUUCAACUUCUCCAGCGACAAGAGCGAGAAGGCGCGCGACAAGUUCACCCAGGCCGCCACACAGUACAAGGCGUGUGGUGAAUUCGCCAAGGCGGGCCAUGCGUACAAACGGGCCGCCGACAUGUCGCAGAAGAGCAAUAAUGAGUGGGACGUCGCCACCGACCUCGAGGAGGCAGCGCGCUCCUACGUCAAGUGCGGCGACACCAGCAAGGCUGUGCAGAUGUACGCGCAGGUGGCGGAGCUGCAUGAGAAGGCGCAGCGCUACAGCAAGGCGGCCAAGACGUGCAUAAGCCUCGGCGAGAUUGCACACGAGAAGGAGGCGAUGCAGUGGCUCGAGAAGGCCGCGCGCUUCUACGAGCUGCAGGGGUCUCGCGUGACGGCGGAUGAGGUGGUGCUGAAGAUGGCCGACGUGAAGGCGCGCUGCGGCGACUACGAUGGCGCACGCGAGGUGUACGACCGCCUCGCACGUGCCGCACUCGACGACCGCGUCUCGCGCGGCGGGGCACGCAAGCUCUUCUUCACUGCCCUACUGGCGGAGCUCGCCACCUUUACGAGCGACAGCAUCCAGGAGGACGUGGCGGUGCUGCAGGAGCGCUUCGACGAGUACCAGGGACUCGACACACAGUUCAACGAGCUCACGCGCGAGCAUAUGCUGAUCAGGGCCGUUAUCGAGGCCAUACAGGAGGAGAGCGUCGAGAAGAUGGACGAGGCGGUGUCGGAGUACGACAACAUAUGCCCGCUAGACGAAAUGCGCGGGAAGAUGCUGCUGCGCGCCAAGACAGCGCUCCGUCAAUGUGUGGAGAACCUUAGGUAG